UGUAACUGAUGGAUGCAAACGGCUAUUUUAGCUAGUUUCGGACUUUCUACCUCCCGACCGUUGAUCGCGUUAAAGCAGUGACGUCACAGUUACCGGUGUUGGCGGAAAUGAUCUCCUCGGCCGUCUGACGACCUUGAAGGAAAAACGAACGUGGUCAGCCAGCCGAUGGAGAAUGGAGACCUGGGUCACAUGAUGGGGGAGGCGGUGACGCUGAACGUGGGCGGCAGCAUGUACAGCACGACUCUGUCCACGCUGCAGCGCUACCCCGAGUCCAUGCUGGGCGCCAUGUUCGGGGGCGACCUCCCCACCGUCAGGGACGCAUGCGGGAACUACUUCAUCGACCGCGACGGCCCGCUGUUCCGCUACAUCCUGAACUUCCUGCGUACGUCUGAGCUGACGUUGCCGUGCGACUUCAAGGAGGCGGAGCUUCUCAGGAAGGAGGCCGAUUUCUAUCAGAUUGAGCCCCUGCUUCAGUGUCUGGGAGACCCCAAACCCCUGCUGCCCUACCCCACCGACACCUAUGAGGAGGUGGUGGAGCUGUCCAGCACCAGGAAGCUGUCCAAGUACUCCAACCCCGUGGCAGUCAUCAUCACCCAGCUCACCAUCACCACCAAGCUUCAUGCAAUGUUGGAGUCCAUCUCCAGCAGUUUCACAAAGUGGAACAAACACAUGAUGGACUCCAGAGACUACCAGGUGUCCUUCACCUUUGGACCAUGUGACCACCAACAGGAAAUCAGCCUGCGCGUCCAUCUGCUGGACUUCAUCUCCAAAGCUGGUUUCACGAUACGCAACACGCGUGUUCACCAUAUGAGCGAGCGGGCCAAUGAGAACACGGUGGAACAUUACUGGACGUUCUGCCGACGCGCUCACCGAGUGGACGGCUGACGGACGAACCGACCGAAGACGUCGACGCCGUGUCUGACGGACUUGUUCGUGGCGGCUUUGUUGUUGUGUGUUCAUGUUUUGUAUGACGUGUGUUUGUUUUUUACAUCAAACUCUUUUCUUUUGGAAAAAUAACUCAUUUUUUGACUUCUUUCCGAGAGGUUUUUGUAAGGCUAGUAAAUGAGCCACAUGUGGGUCAUUAUUGUGAAAUGUUUUGGUUUUAUUCGACUAUAACAUUAAGCUGCAAUUUUUUCCGAUAAACAUAUGACCACAGUUUGUAUUUAUGGUAGCUACAGACUGUAUAUAUACGAAAUAUCUGUUGUACAUCAAUGAUGAGGAAACAAUAUUAUUUGCAAAUAAAACAAUCUGGAAAAAAUUA